AUGAGUGACAUCUUCUUCGUCAUGGCAACGCCAGCAGAUGAUGAAACUGGGGCCUACCUCAUUGACCGGGACCCCACCUACUUUGGGCCCAUCCUGAACUUUCUCCGCCAUGGCAAACUGGUGCUGGACAAGGACAUGGCUGAGGAGGGAGUCCUGGAGGAGGCCGAGUUCUACAACAUUGGCCCGCUGAUCCGAAUCAUCAAAGACAGGAUGGAGGAGAAGGACUACACCGUGACCCAGGUGCCACCCAAGCACGUGUACCGGGUGCUGCAGUGCCAGGAGGAGGAGCUCACGCAGAUGGUCUCCACCAUGUCUGACGGCUGGCGCUUUGAGCAGCUGGUGAACAUCGGCUCCUCCUACACCUAUGGCAGUGAGGACCAGGCCGAGUUCCUGUGCGUGGUGUCCAAGGAGCUGCACAGCUCCUCCCAUGGCCUGAGCUCCGAGUCCAGCCGCAAAACUAAGAGCGCGGAGGAGCAACUGGAGGAGCCACCGCGGCAGGAGGAGGUGGAGGAGGUGGAGGUGGCACAGGUGCAGGUGGAGGCAGAUGCCCAGGAGAAAGCCCUGUCAUCUCAGGAUCCCGCUAACCUUUUCUCCCUCCCACCACCGCCUCCUCCUCCGCUUCCUGCUGGAGGUCCUGCCUCAUCUUCAUCCACCUCCUCUUCCUCCUGGAUCUCAUCUGCACCCUGCCUCUUCCCUCUCUGCCCCUGUCCAGGUCUUCUCUCUGCCUGCUCGCAUCUCCAUCCUGGGGCCGCUCUGGCCCCGGCCUCCCGUGCCCUCUCCCCAGGCCCCAUGGCCCUGCAUCCCCGAGCAUUCCGCCAGCCGCCUCCUGCACCCCUUCCAGUCCCUCCUGCCUCCUGGCCUGGGGAGGAGAGUCACGGCUGCACCUGCUCCGUGUCCACCCACCCCGCUGGGCACCUCUGAGGCUGGCCUGGGCCCCGCCGGCCUGCUUGGCCCCCUCAUGUGCCCUCCUUGCAGGUCCCCGUUCACACCCUCCCAGACCUGAGCGGGAGCCUGUCGGGAGGGCUCCUUGGCCCGCACCAACCCCAGAGCUGCCAGCCCCGGUUAGGAGCCUGGCAGAGUUGGACAGAGGGCCGAGCAAGGAGGGUGCUUGUCUCUUGUCCUUGGACUUGGGCCAGGCUCUCGGCUGGUUUUCUCCACUCACCAGUUUCUCAUCCUCACUGGGCCUUGGGGUGAGGCCCUGAGAGCAGAGCGAGGUGGGGCGGGGGGCUUUCCUGCCCACCUGCCUGCUGGGUGGUGCCUGAGCCAGGCUGGGGAGGGGCUGCAUCCCCAACGCCCUGGAGCUCGUGUGUGGCUGCAUGUAGCCCCCGGCCCCCUACUUCUGUGGGGUGGGGAGGCCAGGCCACAUCGGGAUAGCCUUGGCUGGCAAAGAUGGGCCAGAGCCGAGGAUUAUAGGGUGGCCAGGUGCCCCACUCGGUCUCAGCUGCCCCGGGACCCUGGCAGCCACGUGCCUUCUGGGCCCCAGUGGAUUCUAAAGUGGGGACAGCAGCUCUCCCGGCCCUGCCUCUGCCCUGCCUCCACCCUGGACUGAGUUUUAGUAGAGCCUGGCCUCCCCAGGCAGGCUCCAUGCAGCCCAGGGUGGGCACGGGGCGCCCAGCUGAGUUCGGGGGGGCACCCCUCCUGCCCCCCCCCUCGGUCCUCACUCCACUUCUCUGGGCCUCAGCCCCAUUCUCCUCUUCUAGAAGGGAGCCUGGGACUUACUGGCCUUUCUCUCUCCCUCUUUCCCUUCCUCCCUCCUUCCCUCCCUCCCUCCCUCCCUCCCUCCUCCCUUCCUGCCUCCUUCCUUCUCACUUUCCACCCCUCUCCUGCCCUCUCAUUACCGGCCUCCCUGGUUUUCUGAUUCCCCCCCUCCCCUCCUCCUACCCCUUCCCUCUCUUAUUUUCUAGCUAUUACAAGCCAGAGGCACCCGGAUGUGAGCCCCCAGAUCACCUCCAGGGACUUGGGGUUCCGAUCUGAAAUCCUUUAUUUUUGUACCA